AACAUGUACUAGCGAGACUUGCAUAAUACUGAACAAUACGAAGGGCCUCAGUGUCUUCCCCAAAGCAAAGUUGGUAAAUCCAAAUUGUCAAAUUGUAUUUGCUCUAUCGGACCGCGCCAUCCUAUCUCACACAACUUCUAUUUGUCUCCGCGGAAGGCGAACAAAGACGGAUGGAGACCGUCUACAGAUUCUCCCAUCGUCUCCUUCCGACACCUUUUGCCCAAAAAUGCCUCCCAAACAUCGCAAAGACUCCAUCCCAAAUAACCCACCUUCUCCGAUUCCACGAAACCCGAAUGCCCAUUUUCAUUUGCCGGCGUUCGGACCCAGUACCGCCCUCCGCUGCCAACUUCAUACGCAGAAGAGCCCACAGUUCUUUAGCUUCGCCUCGCCGGGCAGGUUGGUUUUUGGGUCUCCGAGAAAAAAAACCGGUUCUGCCGGACAUUGUCAAAGCAGGUGACCCUGUUCUCCAUGAACCGGCCCAAGAUGUGCAACUCGGAGAAAUCGGGUCGGAGAAGAUCCAGAAAAUUAUUGAUGAUAUGGUCAUGGUUAUGAGGAAGGCACCUGGGGUUGGUCUUGCUGCUCCACAGAUUGGAAUUCCCUUGAGGAUAAUUGUUUUGGAAGAUACAAAAGAGUAUAUUAGUUAUGCACCAAAAAAAGAGACUGAAGCACAAGAUAGACGUCCUUUUGAUCUUCUGGUGAUUCUGAAUCCAAAGCUUAGAAGAAAGGGCAACAAAACAGCACUAUUUUUUGAAGGGUGUUUGAGUGUUGGUGGAUUCAGAGCGGUGGUGGAGCGAUCCCUUGAGGUUGAGGUUACAGGUUUGGGUCGUGAUGGUAAGCCCAUCAAAGUAGAUGCUUCAGGCUGGCAAGCACGCAUAUUACAGCAUGAGUGUGAUCAUUUGGAUGGAGUUGUCUAUGUUGACAAGAUGGUUCCAAGAACAUUUCGAACCGUGAAGAACUUGGACUUACCACUUGCCGUUGGAUGCCCAAAGCUUGGUGUUCAAGGGUAAUUCUUCUUGCAGCAUUUGAACAUAUUGGAAGUUGGCAUUCUUUUCUUCAAAAUUGCUGGGAGUUUUGUAUUCAUUUUUUCUCUAUUCCUGUAUCUGUUAAUGAGAUGUAAGAAAGUUUUGAAAUUAAUGGAUAUUUGAGUGGGUUUCAAAACCCACUAUUAGCAAUACCAAGAUUUGCUUUGAACAAA